CGUAUCGGCGAUCAUGUGGUAAUGAGAACCAAGGCACCUUGUCGCAGAGGAGUCCGUUGGGGCUAGCGGUGAAACUAGGUCACCUUGUAGAGUUGUGGUCCGUGGGGGCAGUCAGGACCUCGAGGGCGGAACAUUUCAUCUAAUUGCCACGAAUUUGCACCAAGCGAAUUUCAUAUUUUUUCGCGGAUCGAAUUUUCCCUUUUUUCUUCGUUUGAUGGAUUUGCAGUGAUUUAACAGCACAUAGUAGGAGAACGUGAACGGCCUAAAGAUGCCAAGGUGGUUUAGAAUCGGAGAUGGAGCUGUGUCAUCCUAUGAGAUGUUCGAUAUGGACGGGAAAGCCGAGGGUGACGAAGCCAGUGCUCCUACAGACUCCACGAAAACUUCCAAAAUGAAAUAUAAUUCACUGAAAGAACGGUGGAGAGGAUUCAAUUGCACAGAAUGUUUGGCAGAUUUCCGACAGUCUCGAAAGCUCAUAGUCCUCAUUGUGUUUGUCGCCAUCUUCCUUGACAACAUGCUUCUUACAACCGUCGUGCCUAUUAUACCAAAUUAUCUAUAUCAACUAGAGCAUCCAAACGAGUUUCAACUCUUCGCAGGAACUAGCGACAACAUCACAGAUUCGAACAGGACAGUUUCUAUAAUAUGUCAAUACCAAGGAAAAACUAAAGAAUUUUGGAAUAUAUCCCGGAAGAAAAUAGCUGGAUAUUUUGCAAUGAAGAAGGAAGCAGACGAGCCCCCAGUAUGUUACAAACCCAACACGACGACUUCGGAGCAGUAUAACAUAUCAGAUUUGUUAGACUUAACCACGCCUAUGACUAAAAAAGAGCAAAUGGCGUAUCGCCAUCGUGAACUUUCUAAUGAGAACGUAAAAGUUGGCUUAUUAUUCGCUUCUAAAGCCGUUGUGCAAUUACUAACGAAUCCAUUUAUAGGACCAUUGACGAACAGGAUAGGUUAUAGUAUUCCAAUGUUUACUGGAUUUUGUAUAAUGUUUGUUUCAACUGUUUUGUUUGCUUUUGCUGAUACAUUUGUGGUGCUAUUCAUCGCACGAGCCAUGCAAGGAGUUGGGUCAUCAUGUUCUAGCGUGGCAGGCAUGGGUAUGUUAGCAUACACGUAUCCAGAUGAUAAGGAGAGGGGCGAAGUCAUGGGCUUCGCUCUGGGCGGGUUGGCCCUGGGAGUCCUGAUUGGCCCGCCAUUUGGAGGUGUGAUGUACGAGUUUGUAGGGAAGGAAGCGCCUUUCCUUAUUCUUGCCGGCCUUGCUCUAUUAGACGGGCUUUUGCAGUUAUACGCACUGAAACCGGCGGUGAAACCCGAGUCCGAGGAAGGGACACCGUUGGUCGAACUGCUCAAAGAUCCUUAUAUCCUUCUCACCGCGGGGGCAAUCAUGUUUGCCAACAUGGGUAUAGCAAUGAUGGAACCUUCACUCCCCAUUUGGAUGAUGGACACAAUGAACGCUCCCAAGUGGCAACAAGGUGCUGCUUUCCUGCCGUGUAGUAUCUCAUAUUUGAUUGGCACCAAUGUGUUCGGACCCUUGGCCCACAAGAUUGGGAGACAUGCACAUAGGUCUCACCCGGUUCUGAGGCGUCUAUUAUCCCAAGGCACAGUCCUCCCUCCUCGGAGAUUAGUUGAGAAGGGACUCAAGCCUAGUUCUAAUGAGAAAGACCCUAAGAGCUCCGACGAGACCGAGGAUAGCCAGGAGCCUGAUCCAACUGAAGACGACCCACUUCUUAACAAACUUAAGGAAGAUCGUCGUUUCACUAUACCCCGAUGGCUGAGUGCCCUGGUUGGGAUGAUAGUCGUCGGAAUAUGCCUUUUCAUAAUUCCUUUUGCGAAGAACAUUCUUCACCUCAUUGCACCAAACUUUGGUCUGGGAUUCGCGAUCGGUAUGGUCGACUCCUCUAUGAUGCCUCAGAUGGGCUACCUAGUAGACUUACGUCAUGUCUCAGUCUACGGGAGUGUCUACGCCAUCGCAGACGUGGCAUUCUGUCUAGGAUAUGCCAUUGGGCCGGCUUUGGGGGGUUCUAUCGUCAAGCUUGUUGGCUUCAGGUGGAUGUUAUACGGGAUAGCGAUAGUCAAUCUGAUCUACGGUCCAUUACUUUACUUUCUGAAGAGCCCUCCGUCAAGAGCUGAAAAGCAGGCUUUGAUAAUGAAUGGGACGACACCCCCUGUCCAGUACGUGACCUACAACCAGAAUCACGGCUCCCAAUCGACAGAAAAUCUGACCAGAACAGGCGAGGAUUUGGGAAUUGGUGAGGAUGGAUAUUCCCCCGACGAUGGUCCGUAGACGUAGUUUGCAGUUUGCCCGGAACACGAAAUAGGAUAGAAGAUAUCAGAGUAUAAAACAUAUGGACCCAUUUGUAGAGACGGAAGGAAACCGAUGUUCUGUAAAUAUGCCAACAUGUUGUGGUGAUGAAUUUUUAUCAUCAGUAUGUCCUUAAUUUAGCUGUGAUGUUGUCUUAUAAGCCAUCUAAGAGCUGAACUUUCAUAUCACGAUGUUCGACAGCUCGCUGGCGUCAAUAUAUAAAAUUAGAGUAAGAUUGGCAGGCUUGAUUGCCAUUGAGGAGGGAAUUCAUGUUUAAUAGGCUACAUUAUAAAGCCAGAAAAAGUGUUGAUGUCGUCGUAAUAAAAAAAUAGUCGGAAUCAUAAUGUGCAAUAGAGAUGUAAAUGAACCUGUAAAUAAUUAUAAUAAGUGAAGAAUGUCUUCUCCCUUUAUGUCAGGAAAUCAAGAGAUUUUCACAUUGUAAGGUGUUCGGAAUAUUUAUACAGGGACAUUGUAUGCAAACAAUUCUCUCAUUGAAUUCGAGUCUGCAUUUUACCGAGAGGUACAUUUUUCAAUCAACAUCUUCUGAUUAACACAUGCGCAGUGUAACCUUUUGUGAUAAGUUUGCAGUAGUGUAUUUUCCCAAGAUAAAUGACCGAGAUAUCUAUUGGUACAAGAAGGGAGGGUUUGGGAAUGGUUGGUGGGGUGGGGGUCAGUAACAACCUUAAACGAUAGAAUAUUUGUUAAAUGGUUAUAAAGCACAUGGGGUGAUUAUGAACGAUGUUGUCCACGAUGUUAAUGCAGAGAAUAUCGAAAGAAUGAUAUGCUUUUGAAAACUGGCUGUUUGUAAUAUUAUGGGACUUAUAAAAACAAUUACACAAUACAAGUCGAGUUAAUUACGGCAUGCUUAUCCGAUGUAAACCCAGACCCGGAUGCGAAAGUAAUUUUGCACUGCCCUUCUCAUAGAUGGCUCAGUGUUGCUUUCUUGAGUCACAUGUACGAUUUCUUAGCAGCAACUAGGCAACGGGUUUAUUUACCGAAAUUUACAACAAAUAGAUUUGGGUGUCCAAAAGUAAACAAAAGACUUUCAAUUUUCAAAGUGUGUAUUCUUUUUCGUUACACUCUCAAGUGCUCAUACGUUCAUACUAUAUUUUGAUGAUAGCAGAAACUUAUUUAAUAAUUCUAGCAUGAUUUAUUUCGAUAUUGCCCAAGUCACAAGACAAUGAUAGUUCAGAUGCUGGAAAUUUGAAGAGCGCAUUUUAGACACGUCUAAGACACCAGUAUGACAAUCAAUUUGAAAUAAAGUCCAGCCCAGCCUGAGCGAACAGUUGAGUAGUCUGGCCUCGCGGGAAAAGAAUACUUAACGAUUGGAGUUCGAUUGGAGUUAACUCACUAAUUAGAAUGCAGUGAGGACAACCACCCGUAAAGUUUUGCUAGCAAAUUAUCGACGUAAAUUUUAAUUCAGACUGUAAAGUUUAAGUACAUGUAUAUUGUAAAUAGAAUAAAAGUGAUGUAACUGAUACUGGUAAGUAGCUGGAAGCAACUGGGUAGUGCAAUUGUUUUGGGAGGUGUCAUAUCGUUGUAUAAUAUCAAUGCAUAUUGUCUUAUUGUAAUAUAGGGAUGUACAUGUACAUGCAAAUGAAAUAUCUGUAUAGCGUGCAGGCCGUGUAUGAUGUUAUUAAUGUGUAGAAAGAUUAUGAAUAUGAAGAAUAAAGUUGGAAACAGCAACAAA